AUGUUCAGUGAGUUCUCGCUCUCAGUUACCUUGACAACUUGGCUCUUGUUACUUCUUGCGCUUACUGCUGUUUGCGUUCAAGGCUCAUUGAAAACGAAACGUUAUUAUCCAACUCCAAAUCCUAAUGAUUUACCAUAUUAUGGUUAUCCAUUCAGUUUUAAUACCAGCACUGAAUUGUUUAAAGUCUAUACAUAUGAAGGCCCUACAUGUAGUAAGGACUAUUUGAUCAGCAUGGAAACUCAACCUCUCUACCAACCAUCUCAAUCAUGCCUUCAAGUGAGUCCAGGUGUCUAUCAACAAUCACAUUGUACCUAUGCAAACUUUAUUCUUAGGGAGGAAUGUGAUGAAGAAUGUAAGGUGUGUGCAAAGAUGACAACUCUCCCUCUUCAACAAUGUACUCCAACAGGUGAUGGUCAUGCAGUCAUUAGAAUGUGUGGUGUUCUUCCAAGAGAGAGACCACCUAAAAUGUUGUGGAAACUUCAACAUGAAGAGAAUGGUAAAACAUCAUCAUGCAUUCAUAAUAAGGUCAUUAAGGUCAAUGGAACAGUCAUAAAGAAGAAAAAACCUAUUUGGAUACCAAGAGGUUUGAGAGGUAAAAUUGAAGAUGAUGUUUCGUGUGACAUUAGAGAUUACAAUGAUGGAAAGAAUACUGGAAAGAUUGGAAUUUGUAAAGGAAAUCUUGAAUAUGAAUGUUCUUAA